AGAUGCCAUGCAUAUUGGGUAGAGAGAGUAGAAAAGGAGGAAGACCCUCUCUCUGUUUUCUCCUUUCAACUAUUGUGUUCUUGUUCUGUUCCUUAGACAGAGAAGGGAAGAAGAGAGAUGGAUUGUUCAAUUUGCAGUCCUGUCUCCCAUAUACUGAGGCCUCCAAGGAAUUCUAUAUGUCAAGCAUGUUAUGAUGGAGCCAAAAGCAUGAUUGCUUUCUUAAACAAACAGGAACCCAAUGGAGAUGUUGAUAAUAAGUGUAAUAUUUCUGAUCCUCCUCAAUCCAAUUCUUCUAAGGGGAUUGGUAAUGCCUUGAAGUGGGUGAAGGAAAUGAAAGAGAGAGAAGAAGGGUUGAACGAAAAGUUGAGCUUUCUUAGUGGAUUAGUGGCUGUGUUUAAAUAUGGAACUCACGCUGACAUUCAGGUCAAGGCAGGCAAUGGAUCCUCCAUCCUUGCACAUAGAGCUCUUCUGGCAGCAAGGUCAGACAUAUUGAAGAACAUGUUAGAAACAGAUGGAUGCAAAGCUCCACCAGCAAAUGAAACAAUCUCUCUACCAGAGUUGAACCAUGAAGAGCUUGAAUCACUCCUGGAGUUCCUCUACAGUGGAAGUUUACCCAAAGAGAAAUUAGACAAACAUGUCUAUUCCUUAUCAGUUGCAGCUGACAAAUACGAAAUUCAUUUCCUCCAAAAAUUUUGUGAGAAUCGGAUGCUCGACUCCUUUGAUUCAUCAAAUGCUCUUAAUGUUCUUGAAAUCUCAGAUGUUUGUUCUAACACAAAAUUAAAGGAGGCCUCCAUGGAUUUUAUAAUUAAACACACGGAGGAGAUAGUCUUCUCAACUAGCUUUGAUACAUUUUCCCACAAGAACCCUCAUUUAAGUGUACAAAUCACAAGAGCAUUAUUGAUGGACAUGAAGAAUAAAUGCCACAUUAAUUAAUAC